CAGAGGUGCCACAGCCGUGCUUGGCAGCACAGGCUGGCUCCUUGUCGCUCAAACAGAGAAGCCGCUUCUCCUGGGCCCCCGAGGCAGCCAUCUCAUGCUCUGCUGAGCACGGUGCCAUGUUUCUGAAACUCCUACUGCUCCUGGCCCUGCUGGGCCCUGGCCGCAGCCUCCAGCUGUGGGAGACCUUAGAGGAUGGAGCCGAGGAGGCCCCAGGCCCCCUGCUUGUCCGUGGCCGAAGAGAAGUGGAUGAGGACGACUCCGACAUAUAUGACUAUGACAUACAGACGGACCCUCCAGAAAUGCUUAACUAUAGCACCAAGGCCCCCAAGCUUCUGCCUGUGAUGGGAACAUUGGAGCAGAGAGCGUCUGCAGGGCCUUUAACACCUGAGCCAACCACUCUGGAGGUGGCCAUAAGGGACCCUGCUGUCCUGGAUGCAGGAGGGGCAGCCACUGGGAAUCUGAGCAUGGAACUGGUCAUACUGGUCACUCUGACCAAAGAACCAGUCACUGUAAUCCCUCCCAUCACGGAGGAUCCGGCCACAGAAUCAGCUGCAGUAGAGGCCCUGUCCACAGGGCCAGCAGGCAGAAUGGCACUGGCCACAGAGCCUGCAGCCACAGAGGCUGUGUCCACAGAGACCCUGCCCACGGAGCCAGCAAGCACAAUGGCACCGGCCACAGAACGCACAGCCAUGGAGACCCUGUCCACAGGGGCAAUGUCCACAGAAUCCACUGCCACAGAGGCUCUAUCCAGAGAACCCACUGCCACGGAGGCCCUGUCCACAGAACCCACUGCCACGGAGGCUCUGUCCACAGAACCCACUGCCAUGGAGGCCCUGUCCAGAGAAUCCACUGCCACAGAGGCCCUGUUCAUGGAACCCAGAGUCACAGAGGUUCUGUCCACGGAACUGGCCACCACAGCAGUUCUUUCCAUGGAGCCCACUACCACAGGGGCCCUGCCCACAGAUCCAGCCACUGUGAAGACCCUGCCCACAAGACCUGCUACCACAAGGGGCCUAACCACAGCCCUUCCUGUGCCCUCUGAUCCUCCCAAGAGCACCAUUGUGGCAGUUGGCAAUUCAUCUGAUGACUUGAUCCACAAAUGGAAAAAUGGUCAGAGUCUUUUCCCCCGGAGCUCCGUGGCCCCAAGCCCCACAGAGGGCCUGCUUGACCCCAGCUCAGUGAAGCAGUGCCUGCUGGCCAUCCUCAUCCUGGCCCUGGUGGCCACCGUCUUCCUCGUGUGCACCGUGGUGCUGGCCAUCCGCCUGUCCCGCAAGAACCACCUGUACCCCGUGCGCAAUUACUCCCCCACUGAGAUGGUCUGCAUCUCGUCCCUGCUGCCCGAGGGGGGUGAGGGGCCAGCUGCCAUGGCCAACGGGCGCCUGCCCAAGGCCAAGAGCCAGGGCCUGAAGGCGGGGCCCGGGGAGGACCGCGAGGGGGAUGACCUCACCCUGCACAGCUUCCUCCCUUAGCUCCCGGCCCGGCUGCCUGAGCAGGACCAGCCCCCCAAGCGGCCUCCACAGCCUGCUGGGCCACCACCCGUACCCAGGCUCUGUGCCAUGGGUCCGGGCUUCCUUGGAGCCCCCUGGGAAUGGGAAUGUUCAGGGUGGGAACCCUGGCCACCCUACACGGGACUGAGAGCAGCCAAGGUCCAGGCACCAAAGCAGGCCUGACAAACGGAACCUCCAGUGGAGGCUGGAGAGGCUCCCCCACCUCCCUGCCUCCCAUGUGUUCUUGGCCCCCUCUAACGCCUCCCACAGCUGCUGGAAUCCCAUCCCCAUGUGCCCAGGAGGACUCAGGGUUCCCUGCCCACACCCCCACUGCCACUUUCUUCUGGUGGCCAUGGUCACCGCACAGGAAGGGGGCACUUUUGGGGGGGAAUACGGCAUUCCUGAGUUCAUUUCCUGUCACUCCCCAUUUGGGGUAUCUCUCCCAGGAGCCCAGGGUGAGGGCUGGGUAUGUGAGGGCUGGGCAGGCUUGGAAAGCCCAAGGCUACAGGCUUCUUUGGGACUUUGUGGACCAAUGAGCUUCCAUCUGAUGAUAGAGUGACCCCCGUCCCGCCCUCCCUCGCCUCCCCCUGUGGCCUUGUUUUAGGGUGGGCUCUGCCUUGUUCACCGAAGUCUCCCAGGGCCCAGCUCGGGGCCCGGGAGAGCA